UCAGCUUGCAGGAACCUCUUCGGGCCGGUCAAUCACGAAGAGUUAAACAGGGACUUGAAGAAGCACCGCCAGGAGAUGGAGGAGGCAUGCCAGAGGAAGUGGAAUUUCGAUUUCCAGAAUCACAAGCCGCUGGAAGGCAGGUACGAGUGGCAAGCCGUGGAGAAGGGGAGCUCGCCCGACUUCUACUUCAGACCCCCCAGGCUACUGAAAGCUGUCUGCAAGUCCGCCGGCCGCCAGAGCUUGGAC